GGCGUGGCCUGGCGUGCAGAGGCGUCUGCGCGUUCUGGCCGGGGUUCUCACGCCCCGGCAGGGCCUAUAGGACUUGGAGGCCGGACAUCUUCUCCGGGGUGUGACCUGUCCAUAUUGGGCGGGGCCUUCGCCCCUGAGGCGGGGCCUGCGCGUCCUUGCACAGCUCCGGUUGUUGCAGACAGAAGGGCGGGCUAGGGUCUGAGGAAGACAGCUGGGCGCAUCCGAGGCUCUGGAGACACCAGCCUCUGAGACAAAAAUUAUCUACAAACUAUGGAUGAUUCAACUUCACCUGAUGUGAAAGAACACCCUGAUACUGAAGUGCAGAAGAACCGCGUACUAACCCUGGAAGAAUGGCAAGAUAAGUGGGUGACCCGUCACAUCGGAUUUCAUCAGGAACAAGGGCAUCAGCUAUUAAAGAAGCAUUUGGAUACAUUUCUUAAAGGCCAGCAUGGACUGAGAGUGUUUUUCCCACUCUGUGGAAAAGCGGUUGAGAUGAAAUGGUUUGCAGACCAGGGCCACACUGUAGUUGGUGUAGAAAUUAGUGAAAUUGGGAUUCGGGAAUUUUUUGCAGAACAGAAUCUUUCGUACACAGAGGAACCACUCAAUGAAAUUGCUGGUGCCAAGUUAUUUAAGAGCUCUUCGGGGAAUAUCUCAUUGUACUGCUGUAGCCUGUUUGAUCUUCCCAGAGUGAAUAUUGGCAAGUUUGACAGGAUUUGGGAUAGAGGAUCAUUAGUGGCUAUCAAUCCAGGUGACCAUGAUCGCUAUGCAGAUAUUAUACUGUCCCUACUGAGAAAAGGGUUUCAGUACUUCGUGGCUGUCCUUUCUUAUGAUCCAACGAAAUAUGCAGGAUGUACACUGCUUGUGUGCAUGGAGACAAUUCUGGGCUAAUGAGAACAGGAAACCUUUGUGCUCUUCCACACUGUCCAUGUUUUCUUAUAUUCCUUUCCUGUUUUGUUCAUCAGUCAUAUUUCAAACUGUGGAAGGGGGAAAUGGAUGAUCCUAAUGUAAAGAGAUAUCGCAAGAGCCCUAGAGUAGAAGAAAGAAAUGUGGGUGCCCUGCCCUGGGCAUUGGGUGACUAUGCUGCCCCUGAGUUGGAGCUGCAUGAAGCUAAUGUUGAUACACCCUCAAAUACCUCUCAGACAGGUGGGGAAGAGGCAUGAGGAGCUGUGGGGGUUCUAGGGAAAUCUCUCAAAUAGUGUUUUUUGUUUUGUUUUGUUUUGUUUUUAAAACAUGGUCUUACUUUAAAGCUCAGCCUGGUCUGGAACUUACAAUGUAGCCUAGGCUAGCUUUAAACUCAAGAAGAUCUCUGCGCUUCAGUCUCCAGUCUCCAUGCAAGCAACUUCCAAAAAAGUACCUGGACUGUAGACCUGAGCCCCCACACCUAUCUUAUAUGUUAUCUAUUAUAUGCUACUACAUUCUCUCUGAUUUUUUUUUUUUUUGGUGUGUGUGUGUAUGUAUAACAUUUGGCGUCAGUGAGGAUCAAACCCAGGGCAUUAUGGGUGCUAGGCAAGCCCUCUCUCACUGAGCUUCAUCCCUGGCCUGACUAUUUUCAAUCCCUAAAAAGGUUGUUUCAUCUGACUCAUUGUAGGCAGGGUUUUCCUGUCCCACAGCCACUUUCAAAUAAUUAUUCAGAGGCUUAAUAUUAAUUACAAAUGCUCGGCCAAUAGCUCAGGCUUAUUACUGACUAGCUCUUACAUUUGAAGUUAACCCAUAUUCCUUAUUUACACUCUACCACAUGGCAGCAUCUUUAUUAGCAUGGCACAUUCCAUCUGCAUCUGGCUGGUGACUCCAGACUCUACCCUUUGUCCUCCCAGCAUUCUCAGUUUGGCUCUCCUGCCUAACCUUAUUCUGUCCAGCUAUUGGCCAGUCAGCUUCUUUAUUAAACCAGUCGCAGAGACAUAUCUUCACACAAUGUAAAGGAAUAUUCCACAGCAGCUCAUUUUGUUGCACUGGGAGGAAGCUUUUACAGCACUGAGGAUGGACCCCAGGGCCUUCCAGGUGCCAGGCAAGCGCUGUCCCACUGAGCCACCUCCCAGCCUUGGACACUGGAGCUUAGUGUUUGCCUUGGACAGGCUUGUAUUUUCAUGAAGGAGUUAAAAUCAAGUAUUCAGACUUCUAAUGGGUAAGAAUCCUGGUGGUUUUCUUGUUGGGGGAGGAGGAUGUUGUUUGGUUGGUCGGCUGGUUUUGAGGCAAUGUCUCAUGAUGAAGCCCACACUGGCCUCACACUCAGUAUCCUUCUCCCUCCAUCCCAAGUGCUGAAACCGCACCUGGUUCCCUGGGGUGGGUUGGUGGUUUUUGAGAGGGGUGGUUUUAUGUAGCCCAGGCUGGCCUCGAACUCUUGAUCCUGCCCCCUUGACUUCCUAAGCAUUAGGAUUACAGGUAUGAACUAGCAUGUCUGGCGUUGUUUGAUUUUUAAUUGAGCUUUAAAAAAACAACAACAGUGCCCUAUCUUAUUAAUAUUUAUGUAUGGUAGUCUUUUGUUGUUCUGUUUGAAAACCUUGGGUCUAAAAAACUCAUUAGAAGAUGAGACUUGGUAUCUGUAAUUAUGUCUGCGGCAGUCAGAAGGAAAGAGAAGUUAAUGGAGGCAGAAGUGAGCUCUGCUCGUCUCGUUUAAGUCCUGCUCAUGAGCAGGAGGCCCAGGGAAGGCACCAUGGGAAGGCGCACAGCUGCUCUGUCUGUGGUGGGGACAGCACUGCUUUAAAGGACAAGAGGAAGAUGCUGCCAGUCCCUGUCCCACUGCAGAGUGGGAAGAAUGUAGUGAGGAGGAGUGUGAAGGGCAGAAACCAGCACCCUGGAAGGCGAAGGACACCCCAAAGGAACCUGUCAGUGGGCUGCACUCUGACCCUGGACAUGAGCUAUACGAAAGCCAGGUCGUGGGGAGCAGGGAUGCAGCUCAGCUGGUAGAGUACUCGUCUCUGGGUUGAUCCCCAGCACCUUGAAAACCACAUAUGGCAGUGCAUGCCUAUAAUCUCAGUACUCGGGACAUAGAGGCAGGGGGUCAGAAGUUCAAGGAAAGUCAUCCGUGGCUACAUAGUGAGUUUGAGGCCUGCCUGAACUACAUAAGACCCUAUCUUUAAAACACACACACACACACACACACACACACACACACACACACACACACACACACACACACACAAAACCACAUACACAUACACACAACAAAAGUAGAAAGGCAUGCUAUACUAUAUCCUCACCUCUCUGGAUUUCUCAGUAGUUUAUAGAAUAAGUAUCCAUAAUAUCACUGAAAUUAAACUGAGAGUUGAACCCCGAGAAUUUGUUUGAGAAUUAGAGUUGAAAGAUAAACUACUCUUCACCACACUUCUCUUU